AUGGAGAGGUCGAGGAACCAAGGCAUGGCGAAGAACACGUACAUGCGCUGGCGGCUCCCGCUCGUGUGCCUCCUCUGGGAGGUGGCCAUGAUCGUCCUCUUUGGAGUCUUCGUGCGCUUCGGCGCUGAGGCUGAUGCACACUGGGAGGAGGAGAAACGAGAGAUGAACCUGACCAGUGACAUAGAGAAUGAUUUCUACUUCCGAUACCCCUCUUUCCAGGAUGUCCACGUGAUGAUCUUUGUAGGCUUUGGUUUCCUCAUGACCUUCCUCAAGCGCUAUGGAUUCGGAGCUGUGGGUUUCAAUUUCCUCCUUGCUGCCUUUGGGAUCCAGUGGGCUCUCCUGAUGCAAGGCUGGUUCCACUCUUUCAAGGAUGGGAAGAUCCUCAUUGGAGUGGAGAACCUGAUCAAUGCUGAUUUCUGCGUGGGCUCUGUGUGCAUCGCGUUUGGGGCCAUCCUGGGCAAAACCAGCCCCAUACAGCUCCUUGUCAUGACUUUGUUUCAAGUCACACUCUUUUCAGUGAACGAGUACAUCCUCCUCAACCUCCUUCAUGUAAAGGAUGCAGGUGGAUCCAUGACCAUUCACACCUUCGGAGCCUACUUUGGCCUCACGGUGACACGGGUCCUGUACAGACCCAACCUGGAGCAGAGUAAGGACAAGCAGGGCUCUGUGUACCACUCUGACCUCUUUGCUAUGAUCGGUACCCUGUACCUGUGGAUGUACUGGCCCAGUUUUAACUCAGCCAUUUCUGAUCAUGGCGAUGCCCAGCACCGCUCUGCCAUUAACACCUACUGCUCACUGGCUGCCUGUGUCCUUACCACCAUGGCCUUCUCCAGCAUGCUGCAAAAGAAGGGCAAGCUUGACAUGGUCCACAUCCAGAAUGCCACACUGGCCGGCGGCGUGGCCGUGGGCACCAGCGCCGAGAUGAUGCUGACUCCAUAUGGCUCCCUCAUUGUCGGGUCCAUCUCUGGCAUCGUGUCCACAGUGGGGUAUGUCUACUUCACGCCUUUUUUGGAGUCCAGGUUGCACAUUCAGGACACCUGUGGCAUCCACAACCUCCAUGCCAUGCCAGGCCUUAUUGGGGGCAUUGUGGGGGCCAUCACAGCAGCUGCAGCCACAGAGGAUGUAUAUGGAAAGGAAGGUUUCAUCAAGGCGUUUGACUUCUCCGGCGCGUACAAGACACGGACACCCAGUAUCCAGGGAGGGUUCCAGGCUGCCGGCAUCGUGGUGUCUCUGCUGAUGGCCUUUGCUGGGGGGGCCAUCGUGGGGGGCAUCCUGAAGCUGCCCAUCUGGGGGGACGCGGCAGCCGAGAACUGCUUCGAGGACGGCGUUUACUGGGAGGUGCCGGAGGACGAGGAGAGCGACGUGUACCACAUGCACAACCCCGACAAGCCCGCUUCGCCCUGA